CACAGCCUUCCGCAAGUUCCGUGUGUGUUGCGGAAAAAUCCCUUUUUGGGCGUCCGACCACAUGUGUGAAUUAUGAACAAAAUAUGGUUCUUUAGUGAAUUAUUGUUCUAAAUAGCCGAUUUCAAAGUGAAUUAUACUCGGUAUCGAUAGAUAAAGUGCGUGCGGACCGUUCAGUGUCGAAAAAAAGUUGGAACUCGACGGCGGAAGUGCAUUUUUUCGAUGUAAAUACGGGCCAUCCAGGGUCAGUCUGGUGCGCCGCAAGGAUUUCUUGAAUAUUUCCAAGCAGUGUGCUGUUGUGUCGCGCUCGAGAGUCUCGCGUGUGGUUAAAGUAAAUCUCGACCUUCACCGCGGGUUCGAUCGGGUCACGUCCUGUGGGGGAAUCGGGUCGCGAUCUGCGGUACAGACGGCAGCAUGCCGUCGUGUUGAGCAGCAUGGAGGCGCGCUCGUGAUCGUCGUUCGGCGCGGAGCGCGCGCCCGGGCUUAUAUAACGAGGGCAGCGGCUGCGGCGGCAUGGCCGCGCGCGUGUCCGUCGAGGGCGCCGGGCCCUCGUACGCAUCCGUGCUAAACUUUCGGGGAGCCGAAAGUAAUAAGGAGAACAUUGAGGCGCCUCCGCCGGGGGAGGUGCCGGAGGUGGUGGUGCGGCAGGUGGAGGUGGAGGAGGAGGAGGGCUUCGUGCCCGUGAUAGCGCACGGGCGGAGGCCGGGCAAGCCGCGGCGCGAGCGGGAGCGCCGGGCGCCGCCGCGGCCGCACAAGGCAGGGCCUCAGCCGCCCACAGACCCCCAGGCGCCGCCGAACCCUGACCAACCGCAGCAGGAAGACGAUGACCAGCCUAAGAAGUUUGUAGAAGCACCCAUCCCAAAGGUCAACCCCUGGCAGGUGCGAGGGGGCAGCACCGGAGUCCCGCCGCCGGCGCCUCCUGCGUUAGAAGAGAAGAGGUCGCCGCUGCAGCCCCAGCAGCAGGGCAGGGCGCAGCCCCCGCCGCUACCGGCGCCGAUUGUUCAACCAGAGCCAGCGGUGGCGCCGCCCAAGCCAGCCAUCGUGAAGGCGCCCAAGAUGCCGAAGGUCAACCAAAAGGCAUCAGACUUCACGGAUAUCGGCGACUGGCCGACGCUAGGCGCGGCGGUGGCCGGCGCGGCGCGGUGCCACUCGACCCCCCCGCCCUCUGAGGCCGAGACGUCGCACCACAACGGCAACGCGGACCAGGAGCGCAAACCUCUAGAAGAGCAACAAGCCAAGGUGGAGAAGGUGGAGCCCACGCAGAACCACCAGCAGAACCACGACAAACACCACGACAAGCACAACGACAAGUCUAAGGCCGCAGGAGGUGGCAAGGGUCCACACAAGUCCGGCAAGCACAAAUGGGUGCCCCUCGAUAUCGACGUCAAGGCGGCGCGGCCGGGCAAGCACGGUCCGCCGCACGCCGCCAGGCCUGAUAAUGACACCGUAUCCCUGAACGGCGAGGAGCGGCGCGGGUCGCUGCGCGCGCGCGGGGCGGGCGGCGCGGGGGCGGGGGCGGGCGCGGGGCGCGGCGCGGCGCGCGGGGGCCGGCGCGCGGCGCCGCGGCCCGCCUCCGCGCUGCCCGCGCCCGUGCACGUCUUCCACCACGACUACCACCACGACCUGCAGCAGCUCCGCGUGGCUCAGCCGGCAGUCGCACAGGGCCUGGUGCUGCACUACGGGGGCAUAGGGCUCCCGCCGCCGCCGCUGGCGGCCCCGCUGGCGCAGGCCUUCUACUACGGCGCCGCGCAUGCCACCAGCGCGCCAUACGGACUAGGGCUCGACCAAGCCACGUUGAAGGACCUUAUUAAGAAGCAGAUCGAAUACUACUUCAGCCCUGACAACUUGGCGCGAGACUUCUUCCUCCGACGCAAGAUGGCCGCCGACGGCACCAUUCCCGUCACGCUCAUCGCCUCCUUCCACCGCGUGCGAGCGCUGACGCCAGACGUGGCGCUCGUGCUGGACGCCAUCCGAGACUCCGACAAGCUGCAGCUCGUCAACGGGUUCAAGGUCCGAACAGCGUUCGAACCGACAAAAUGGCCGCUGCUCGACAUAAUGAUGAACGAGGACACAGACAAGAAGUUCCCCGACGACAACAAACAGAAGGAGGACAAUCAGCCAAAGGAAGCGCAGAAGGGCGUAGAAGAGAAGGAGGCGCAGAAGAGCGUAGAAGAGGAAGCGCAGAAGAACGUAGAAGAGAAGGAAGCGCAGAAGGGCGUAGAAGAGAAAGAAGCGCAGAAGGCGCCCAGUAUAGGUGGGCAGGCAGAGAAGGUUGAGAUUAAAAAACCAGAACCAGCGCCUGAAAUCAAACCAGAGCCCUCUCCAGAAACUGAGAAGGCUGCUGAGGAAACGAGAGAGAAGCAAGCUAAAGAGAGCGAGACGGAGGAUAAGGACAAAGACGAUAAGCGGGACAACGAGGAUCCGCCGCUGCAGCACGAGGGAGAGGACAAACCGGGGGAGAAACGCCGCAAGAAGCAGAUGGUGGGCAUCUUCCCGCUGGCCACGAUGGGCGGCCCGCUGGUGGCGCCCGUCUCCAGCCUGCUGCGGGCCGUGCCGCCGCCUCCUCUACCCAGGAUGUUCCGGACGCGCGGCGCGGGCUCGCCGCCGGCGCACGACCCCCUCAACCCGGACGUGGCCGAAUUCGUGCCCCAGCGCAAGACAGAAGAACCAAGCGAGAAACCGGAAGGCGAAUCGAGACAGACCUCCGGAGCCGGCAGCCCCAGCUCCGAGAGAAGCGGCCCCGACGUGUGGACCGAGGUGAAACGGAGGACGAAGGCCGGCAGCCGCGAGCGCUCGGCGCCGGCGCCGCUGCCCGCCGACGAGGCCCCGCAGCGCGAGGAGCUGCACUUCCAGCUCGACGAGGAGCUGGACCUGCCGCCGCCGCGGCACAACACCUUCACCGACGGAGACGCCUGGUCGGAUUCCGAAUCGGACUUCGAGCUGUCGGACCGCGACGUGGGCCGGCUGCUGAUCGUGACGCAGACGGGCGGCCGCGCGGUCAAGCACGACGGCCACGACCGCCAGGGCGACUGGAACACCCGCACCAAGAUCUCGCAAGAUCUCGAACAGGUCAUAACUGACGGAUUGAGGCGGUACGAGGAGGACUUGUGGAACGACACGGAUUAUACUACGUCGCACGGCAGUCUGGGCUCGCACUACCGCACCGUGUCGCUGAUAUCCCGCGAACAGUUCGAGGCCACGCAGCCCAACGAGCGGCAUUCCAAUCCCGACCAGCCGCCGCCGCCACCGCCGAGGCCGCAGAUGGUGGAGCAACAAGAGCAAGGCAGCAAAGCGAAGAGGCCGCGCCGCACGGCCCGGUUCUACGCCGCCAACAAGGACCCACACGCCACCGAUGUUAUCACUAGCCGCAAGCACAAGACCCGGCACAGCCUGAACCCGCCCGUGGAGCACCACGUCGGCUGGAUCAUGGACAUCCGCGAGCACCGCGCCCGGACACACAGCACCGGAUCGUCAUUGGGCACGUCACCGACGCUGGGGUCCUCCUGCGGGUCCGUGCCGCAGUCGCUGCCGACCUUCCACCACCCGAGCCACGGCCUGCUCCGCGAGAACCACUUCACCCAGCAGGCCUACCACAAGUACCACUCGCGCUGUCUCAAAGAGCGCAAGAAGCUUGGCAUCGGGCAGUCGCAGGAGAUGAACACGCUGUUCAGAUUCUGGUCGUUCUUCCUCAGGGACCACUUCAACAGGACCAUGUAUAACGAAUUCAGGACGCUAGCGAACGAGGACGCCGCUGCCGGCUUCCGGUACGGUCUGGAGUGCCUCUUCCGGUUCUACUCGUACGGGCUGGAGCGCAAGUUCCGCCCCGAGCUGUACCAGCACUUCCAGCAGGAGACCGCCACCGACUACGAGCGAGGUCAACUGUACGGCCUGGAGAAGUUCUGGGCGUUCCUGAAGUACUACAAGCACGCCGGAGCCCUACAGGUGGAGCCCAAGCUGCAGGGCUACCUCGCCAAGUUCAAGAGCAUCGAGGACUUCCGCGUGCUGGAGCCGCAGCUGAACGAGCUGCUGGCGGCGCAGGGCCCGCUGGCGCCGGGCCGCGGGCCGCACGCGCGCCCCUACGACCGCCACCGCUCCGUGUCCGAGAGCGAGCGCAACCACGCCGCCCGCCCCUUCAGCCGACCAGCGCCGGCCAACAAUAGCAACAACAACCGCGGCCGCGCCGGCUCGUGCGGCUCGCAGAGCGUCGUCGCCAACGCGCGCCCCAGACCGCCGCCAAAAAGCAAACCCGACUCCGUGCCUCCCCCCGCCGCCCCGGCCGCCCCGCAGUGAUGGCGCCGCGCACAUGUACACACGAGUGCGCACACGACCCAAUGCAUUUGUUACUGACUAUAUAGUGCACAGACACACAGUCGAUUUAGUGUUAUUGAUAAGAGAAGAGUGUAGUGUUGCCGGGUUAUUGUGGCGAGGGCCGGUCUCUGGGUUGCAGGCGAAAUGGUGUAUAGAGCCUAGCUUGUACGCAUCGACAAUAAACAACGCUACGCGACAAACGCGCGACAGACGCGCGACAACCGCGCGACAAACGCGCGUCACGGCUUAUAGUGUAAGCUACAUAUUAACAAACAUAUAUUAUAUUUUUGACAUUGUAACAUAUUCGAGCCGAACUUCAAAUUGCAGUCAUCUUAGUUAUAUUAAUUUUCCUAGUAUAUAAUUAAUAAUAUAUAUAAAACAAUAGUUAAGUUUUUUUGUUCGCUUGUGUAGUUAAGGAUUUUUUUGUCAUGGCAACACUGUGUCGGUUUUGAUUCUGACACUACCGGCCGGAUUCGAACUUUAAGAUACGUCAAUUAAUUGAUUUAGGAACGAUAUGGACGAUAUGGAUAUGGAUAUGGAUGGUAUGGAAGUGACGGUUUUGGUUGAAGUAACGUCACAUUUGACACUGACAUAUCUAAUCCAUAUCAUUUCUGGAUCUAUUAAUUGACGUAUCUUAAAGUUCGAAUUGGGCAUUUUAUUUGUAGGUUCUCUUAGGCAAUGUAAAAUGUACAGUUGUUGAUAUUUCGCCGAUAGUCUAAUCAAAACUAGAUAAAAAAUGUAGUCUUUUUUUUUGAGAAACGAAAUUGUAAAUUAUCUCAAGACUGGCCUUGCUCGUGUGAAGCGUUGCAGGCUUUUAUGUAAGCUCUGGUUUUGAAUAGUGUGAUUUUUCUGAUGUAUAUUUGACUAUGAGUUUUGCGGGUCCCGAAUGAACAUAUUGAUUUGCAAACAUUUCUUAACUGUUACAGACUAGAGUCGGUCCAAGCUAACUGUUCACCGAAUUUGAUGUGAAAUAGUAUAAAAGCCGUUAUAAACGACAUAUUUUCAUUUUGACGUUUGUGGUGAUAACGCUUGCAUGCUUUUUCACGUUAAAGUUGGUGCAGAAUUAGCUUAGACAGACUAACGAGAAAUUGUAUGAUUUAAAUGUCAAAAGUAUUUUUUUAUUUGGGAAAUUUUAUGCUAUUUCCACAUAGAAUCACGAGCUCUUUCGAUCCUAGUAAGAAAAAAAAAGUGUCUUUAGAUUUUCAUUCCGUUCCGACGGUAACGGAAUGGAAAAUUUUGGGAUAUUUUUUUUUCCAAUUAGGAUCGAGCUCAUGAUUCUGAGUGGGAAUAACAUAAAAAAAUAUAGUGUACUUACUGUCUAGGAAUUUUGAUUUCAGUACCAUUCCGUACCUUGUCACAGUGCAAAUAGUAUGAGGUCCUUUGCGACUUUCAUAUUAAUUGUCACUGUGACAAGAUAUGAGAAUUACAUUGUUUGACUUAUAAAAUGACCUCAAAAUAGGUCUGUUUUGUCAUAGAGAAAUAUAGUAAGAAUAGAGUGCUUCUAGUAUCGAGUAGUAGAACUGAUAAUUCUGCUAUUCGAUGCUAGAUGACGGAAGAUAAUCGUCGUUUUGGUACCAAAACUGAUGGGAUGAGUAAGCACUCUAUGUAUUUUUUUCUCUAUGGUUUUGUAUUUGACACGAAGAAUACUAAACUCAGAUUAUAAGGUGUGUUUUGUAUUUGACACAAAUAAUACUAAACUCAGAUUUUGAAUACCAGCAGCACAGUUCAGAAAUGUCUGUAUGUCUGUCAGUGCGUUCCGGGUCUGUCGUAUACUGCCACGUAUCAUUUAUGACACAACACAGCACACAUUAAUCUAAACUCCGCAUAUAAUAUGAGAUAGCAUUGAGAUGAAAUGCGUAUGUAUAUAAUAAUAAAAAAAAACUGUUAAAUAUUGUAAUCGUGCUAUUUUAUAUUAUAUUAUAUAUAAAUGCCAAUUGAACGUUCAAACGAAGCAUUUUAUGAAAUAUAUUUUGUUUAAUUGGUGUUUUUACUAGCAUUUGAUUUAAACUGCUGACAAGCAAUCAUAAAAUACUACAGCAUACUAAGAUAAACAUACUUUUAUCCUAGUCUUUUUUUAAUGCAAAUAAGACGGACAGAGUCAAAACCGUGUGUUAUCUUUUCAUAUAGAUUAACACUUUCGCAACCGGGCAAAAAACGGCGCACUACCCCAGAAACCGGUCGUCUAUAUCUGCGUACAAAACAACCCGCUGGGCGGGUUGUCCGGCAUCUGAGCAAACAUUACGAGUGCCUACCAGACGAGUUCUCGGUAGUCAGUGUUAAAAAAUGACUCUCUAGAACGGCCCGGGCCCGGGCCGAGACGUACGACACUUCUUUUUCUAUGACGGGUGAUCACGUGAUGCCUUCAAUAGAAAACGGAGUGUCGGGCGACUCGGCCCGGACGCGGAUUGUGCUAGCGCGAAUAAUUUUUUAAUCUAUAGAAAAUGUAAUAGGUUUUGACUCUGUCUGCCUUAUUUGAAUGAAAUAGGACUUGGAUAAAAGUAUGUUUCUGUAGUGAUGCUAGAAUGUGACGUUCACAAGAAAAAGGUAACACAUUGUCGCUUACCAUAAGGAUGAAAUUUGCUCGCAUCUUAAUACGAAUGACCGACCUGUCAGUGUACAUAGGAAAAGCGUGAAAGCACCUUUUGCUUGUGAACUUCACAAAUAAUAAUUUCUAGUUAUCGGCCUUGACAUGUGUGCAUUUUUAUGCUUGUCAGUAAAAAGUUUUCGUAUGCUAGUAAUUUUCGAUUUUUUUUUGUAUCGUAAUAAUUAACUUGCUCAAUAAACUUGAACGACGAAAAAUGACGUGACGGUGCGAGUGCGUCAUCCGACAUGAAUGACGUACGUCAUGACUUGUUUUUGAAAAGUUGACAUACUUGUUAUACAGAGUGUUUCUCCAACACUUAGGGCCACUUGCAAUAGCCCGCUAACCCAGGGUUAACCGCUUAAACCGUUAACCAAGUAUCAUAUUGUACUGGUAACUAUGGUAACUCUAGAUUUAACCGGUUAAACCCGGGUUAGUGGGAUGGUGCAAGUGGCACUUAGUCAUAUUUUGCGGGAUGAGUUUAAAUGUCAUACUGAGCUAUUUUUACUGUGGCACAAACACCGAAAUGGCGAAAGAAAACGUCGACAUCUGAUUCGCCAAAAUGUAUGAAAGACAUACAUUUUGGCUCAUCAGAUGUCGACGUUUUCUAUGAGAGAGAUAUCAUUUUAUUUGAUUUCGGCGUAUGUCUCGUAGUAAAAGUUUAUCAUUGUGACCUCUUUUAUGCACCUUGUAAAAUUUCGCUAAAGUUUGAAAAAACAUCCUGUAUAAUAAAUGCAAUACAAGUCAAUAGUUUCGAUUGGUGCCUUUAAAAAUAAUCUUAAUAUAAUUUCUAGCUUUGAAAUAGUCAUAGGACUUGCAUGCAAGGCACUUGGAAUUGAUAUAAUUCCACAUUUAGUUGAUAAAUAUUUUUAUAAUAAUGUCAGCGUAUGUUAGAUUCAUUGGCUGUUAUCACUAAUAGACUAAUUUUGGGGUUGAUAACAAGGUUAACAUUAUUCUAGAUAAAUUUAGUAUAGGCCAAAACAACAUACAGAUGUAGUGCAUAAUUGUUUUCCAUCGUAUUUUCUCGGAAACGUUCGUAUUUGUCAUGCUACUUCAGUCAACCACAGUACUUUUUGUAUGUAUCGAGACUGACUGAAAUAGCAAGACACGUUCGUACGUCCUGAAAAUACAAUGGAAAAUAAUUGUGCACUACAUAUGUACGUGUUUGUAGUAAAUUUUUCAAUAAAAUUAUGGAUGUUGUUAGCACAUAAAUUCAAAUAAAUAGGUUUUUAAAUUAUUCAUCUUGGAUAAUGCACUCGAAAUCCCGGAUACUUAAAAAAAAAAACUGUAGAGAGCACUAAAAUCCAGUGUGCGUUUUUUCUUAGUUAAUAAGUGUGCUUUUUAAACAUAGUUUUUAUUUUUCCAUUGCCGCAAACUUGAUGGUUACAAUUUUCUAAAAAGGCAGUCACUACUAAAUUGUUUGUCAUUUUAGAAUAGCCGUCGUCUAUACACAGUGAAAACGAUGUUUACUUUGAUAUCCUGGUCAUGGCACCAAUUGUAAAAGUUUGCGGCAUCAGGUGCGUUUAGUUUUCGACUAUAAUAGGACCCGUCAAACGGGUGCAUGUUUCAGUUUCGACUCACAACUAGCGCACCAUACUCCGGUGUUGUUUUUAGAAAAUACUUCAACACGUGUUUUUUUAUAUUAACGAUUGUUCCCCGCGAAAUCAUAUUUUAAUUACCAAUUAGUUAUGAUUUUAACUUAGAGUAUGAUUUGAUUACUACAUGCGUAUCAUUUACAUUAAGAGCCACGCUAGCGUCUCUUGAGCGUUGGCGUCUAGUCAACUCUACGCAACGACACCAUUUUCCAUAGCGCUGACUAGACGCCGACGCUUAAAAGACGCUAGUUUGAGACCUUAAGAAGCUACUGGCACAUAUAUGCAAUUAAAAAAUGCCCUUAUUGACAUAAAAUAGUAAUUACAACCUUAACCUGUUGAGUUUACGGUCGAAAUUCGUACAAAGACUUGUCAUCGGGCAUUCGUAAAUUUAUAUUAAUGUGCCUUUAAUUAUUUUUCUAAAAACAACACAGGAGAAUAAUAAUUAUUCGUAUAUAGUUGUAUGUCGUAAAGACAGCUUCGAUCGCUUCUACAUUUACUUAUAUAAUAGUUCCUAUAUCGUAGUAAAGUGACACAGGAAUCGUUUAUGCAAUUUUCGUAAAGUUUGUUCCAAAUUACCGCGUAUUUUUAGCAAUAAUAAUGUUAGCUGUAUGCACUGUUAGUUUAUUUUGUCGAUUUCUGUGUCUAAAAUGACUGUCGGCAUGAUUCUUGAGCGAUACUGUCGUAUAUAUACGACAGCAUAUACUCAGAUUGACGUCUAUACACGACAGCGUAUAUUAUGCUAACUUAGACAUAGAUUUGCGUGGUGUAAUAUUGAAAAUUAUUCUUACACUGAAUGAGAUGAGUCUAUUUGAAUUUAUAUCUAGUUUUAGACUAUACGUUGAUUGAUAUUGAUUGGAUUUCGUGUUAUUCGGCGUAAGUUGUAUGAAUAAAAACGAAAGGCACAUAAGGUGCACCCGGGAAUCAAUGCCAAAUUUAAGUUUGAAAGACGAAAGUUCAAGACUCCUGCCGGCAGCAUUUCUUUGAUUUGCCGUCCCCAGAUGGUGUUUUAGCUUAGUUUUGACCAAGUAAAGUAUGACUAAAACUUAGUUUGAAGCGGUCCAGCGUAAGACCUAGACUUUUUGGACGAGUUCUCUAAACACAGCUAGACUAUUUAGUAAAAGAUUUUUUGACAGAACACGAAUAAAAAUGGUGUUUUUUGAUUUAUAUGCAUGCAUGAGUUUUAAAUAGAGACUCGUCCGAAAUCAAAGUCUACACUUAAGUCUUAUGACAUUAUUGUUAAGUUGUUUUUAAUUGUUGCUAUUUUCUUUCGUAAGUACGCCAAAGGAGACGACGUUAAAUGCUGAUGUUAAAUCAUAGGAUUAUUGUAUAAAUGGAAAAUAUACAAAAAAAAAAUAUCUUGCUGUAACUUUAAGUGAUAUUGUACAUUAAGGUCGGAGCCGGUUGUUGUUUUUUCAUUUCAAAUUCAGUUUGGUUGUAAUAUAGAGUAGUCGCUGAGGUGCGGAUAGUAUUCUGUGCAAACUAGUUUUCUCAGUGGUCGAUUCUAUUUAGAUUUUGAAUCAAAAGCCGUUGUAAAAAAAGUUGUAAUACGUUACAGUCAGCUGCAGAAUUAGCUAAGCGGAUCUGGUCUAUGAAAUAUUUGUACUUGUGUUCAGAUCAUUUUGUAGACUCACUUAGUUUAUGCUGGUGAUCUUACGUCGCGUCAGAGCCAUCUAGCGAAACUGCAUAUACAAUUAUACAUUUACCUAAACCUUUGUACUUGCGUAGUCAUCAAGACAGUCUGAAAGCCUUAUAUCACUCGAGUAACACGGGUAGUCGUAUAUAGUGAAGAUUAACAACUCUUCAAACCGUGUUGAGUUUCGCUUGGCUUGGCAACCAAAAAUACUGUCGUGACAGAUUUAGUUUGCUUGUAAAUUCGCCAUCAGAUGGGAGCGGCCAAGGUAUUCACAAGUAUCUGAAAACGCCUCUAUUGUCAACGCGUGUUCAGAUAUUAUUAGCACCCCUGCCGCUCCGAUAUAUCCGAUGACCACUAAUAAUUUUGCACGUUUUAUACCACUGAAUAAACUGGUUCGUUGUAUGAAUACUUUCUGUUCGAAAAUACCUGACAAUUAUUGGUAACUGAGUCGGUUUUGAACUCUGCGGUAGUCCUGUAGUCAGUAUAGUAAUUAAAUUUAGAUUUCGACGCUUGCUUCGGCGGGCUACGAAUGAUGGUGUAAGUUUUUUAUUGGAAUUUUCGCAAAGAUUUUUCGGUAUCUUGUUUGAUUUUGUUUCGUAUCGCCGUCGCCGACGCUCCAUAUGGCUGUAAGUUAUACAUUAUAUACAUAUUAUUAUUAUAUUGAUAAAAUAAAUUAAUAAUAAAAGCA